CCCGCAGGCUCUCAUUGAGGCAAGGGGAGCUAGCGUGAAUGAGGCCGAGUAGCUGCCACAGUCGCCGUUAUCAAUGCAAGGCUGGAAUUAAACACACACACGCCAGCAAUGGUGAAUCAUUAUCCUGUCUGACAAGGAGGAGACGCAGAUUCGCGGCUCCAACUCCGAGCUUUGCAACGGGAAACCCCGCUAGCGUUGGAAGCUAAUGUUAGCUAGCUAGCUUUUGCAUGUCCUCGUUUUUUUUUCCUUUGCUGGCAACUGACCUCCACCACCACAACACAGACGCGUUGAGUAACGUGUGCUCGCUAGCUUUGGGGGGUUAUAAUUCACCUGUUCUCUUGACGUCAGCGCCCCUUGUCCCCGUGUGGUACCCAGUGGACGGUUCCUGAAUAUGAUACAUAAUGAGUCAAAGAGAUACCCUGGUUCAUCUGUUUGCAGGAGGGUGUGGGGGAACGGUAGGAGCCAUAUUGACUUGUCCACUGGAAGUGGUGAAGACGCGUCUGCAGUCCUCGUCCAUCACCCUCUAUGUGUCUGAAGUUCAGCUCAGCACCGUCAACGGGGCCAGCGUGGCCCGCAUGUCUCCACCGGGCCCCUUACACUGCCUAAAGUUGAUCUUAGAGAAAGAAGGACCUCGCUCUCUCUUUAGGGGCUUGGGGCCAAACUUGGUGGGUGUGGCACCUUCCAGAGCAAUUUACUUUGCUGCUUACUCCAGUGCCAAAGAGAAACUGAACGGCAUAUUGGAGCCCGACUCCACGCAGGUACACAUGCUCUCAGCUGGAAUGGCAGGGUUCACAGCCAUCACAGCUACCAAUCCCAUAUGGCUCAUAAAGACUCGUCUGCAGCUAGAUGCUAGGAAUCGAGGGGAGCGAAGGAUGAGUGCGUUUGAGUGCGUGCGACGAGUGUACCGGGCAGACGGCCUGCGAGGCUUCUACAGGGGCAUGUCGGCAUCCUACGCCGGUAUCUCAGAGACUGUGAUUCACUUUGUGAUCUAUGAAAGUAUCAAACGGCGCAUCUUGGAAGCCAAGGCCUCACAGAACAUGGAUGAGGAAGAAGAGGCAUCCAAAGAUGCAUCAGACUUUGUGGGGAUGAUGCUUGCCGCCGCCACCUCCAAGACCUGUGCCACAUCUAUCGCUUAUCCACAUGAAGUGAUUCGCACCAGGCUACGUGAAGAAGGCAGCAAGUACCGCUCUUUCUUCCAGACUCUAAAAACAGUGCCCAAAGAGGAGGGCUACCGCGCCCUGUACCGCGGCCUCACCACCCACUUGGUACGGCAGAUCCCCAACACCGCCAUCAUGAUGUGCACCUACGAGCUGGUGGUCUAUCUCCUGAACGGUUAAACCCUUGGCCCUUUUCCAGAGAGUACAUGUAACCCUGCCCCUGCUCAGAGAAAGAAAGAGAGAGAGAGACUGAAUGAACGCCAGCCAGCACAGCAGAUCCCCCUCACCAGAAGAGGACGGAGAUGGCGCCCUCACCUUUUUGUCUUAGUGUUUCGAGUGGUUGUUUUGAAUAAGGUGGGGGUUUAGUUUGGUUUCCUGAGUGGCACAGCACUGGGAGGAAUGAUGGUAGGAUCCCGAUUUAGGGAUCUGGCUUUCACAACAGUGAAGAAAUGGUUUGCCCCUGAUUUGUAAUUUCUCUUUUCUACUCCCUCCCAUUCUCUCUUGGGUUUUCAUAAGUAUGUUCCUCGUGCAAGCACAUUAAGUCACAGAGCACUGAAGAGAGCACCUAAAGUUAUAUUAAAAGUAUCUAACAGUACUAAUCAUGAUAGAGAAGUAACCCCACUCCUUACUACUCGGUAGAUAGAAGAACCUCUCCAGCAGACGGUUUUGUUCUCUUGUUGAUAAGUCUAUUUUUUUUUUUUUUUGGCUUAAGGAGCCUUUUAGAAAUAUUAAACAGCAUUCCCUGCAUCCUUCACAGUACCGUUAAAGGCAAAAACUGUGAUGUCGCCCAGAAUCUGUGGUUAUCAUGCAGUGUAUAAGCAAAAAUAUCUGACAUGGAUUCUAAGGUUAGUGUAAACAAGGAGCAAUAUGUGCUUGUUUAGUGUGGGUGAACGGAGCAUAUGGGUGAAGGGAGGGAGGUGGGAAGAUGUGCCUUGUGAGAAGCUGUGAACUAUACUGAGAUGCACAAUAGCUGUAGGAGGAAGGUGGAGUUCUGGUUCAUCAGUGAAACUAUACAGCAAAGGGUGUAGAAAGCUACUUUGGUACACUGGCAUUGGGUGAUGAGAGGUGCAUGAGAGACCCUUUGUGAUUCUUUUACAUAUUGUGAAUAUACACACACACACACACUCCCAAGGAUGUUUGAAAGACCUAACCUACAAGACAUGCCGGUUUUGAUGUCUCAGCAAGGUGGGCGUUUACAUACGGUUACAGUUCCUUGACGCUAAAUAUUUUGGUGAAAUCCUGAGGCAGUCUUUGUGAAUAUCUGCUUUCUCAUUGUAAGUGAAGCAUCCAGCGUUAAGGCAACAUAAAGACAUGGCCUGUGAACUUCGAGGGUGUGUGCGUGUGUGUGUUUGUGUUCACAAUAGUCAGGAGAAGACUGACUUCUGAGAUCUGAUCAAAGGUACACCACCACCAGCCUGAACAUAAUCCACCAUCCUAACUACUGGAAUGUAAACACACAUGAUGAAAAACCUUACUAAAGACAAGGAAGUGAAACGCUGAUCGUUAUCGUGAAUUUAAAAAUCUAUCUAUAUAUAUAUAUUACUGAAUGAAUAAAUAAAAUUAACACAUUUUAACAACAUAGCUCUAUUAAAUAGGUAUGUCUACACAAAAUGUGACUUUGUCGCAUUUGUCUGCCCAUCAACAGCAAAUGCAUUUUUUUUUUCUUUUUAAUGGGAGGGGUGUUGCCAUUGUAACCCUGUUGUUUCUCCUUGUCAAACAACCAUGUUGUUGUUGUUUUUUUUUUUUUUUUGCAUGUUUCCAUUGCUCUAUCAGUAUCCUCUCAUCUCAAUUCUUUUUCUCAGCCACAGAAUCCAGGCUAGUUUUACAGGCGAGGACAAUCCUCUCAUGAGUUUACUCUGGAAGUUGUCAUACAGUUUAACGUGUAUAUGGGUGUAUGUGUGGGGGGGGCGUAAAUGACUCAGAAAUAUGCGCACAUGCAUGAAAUGCAGACUGGAAAGGACUAACUCUAUUUUGCCUAUUCCUUACCUUCAUUCUGUAUAGGAGGUUUUUUUUUUUUUUUUUUUUUUUUUUUUUUUUUUUUUAUUAAUGGUUGCAUUUCAAGUUGUUUCAAAAAAGAAACAGUUUGUGUGUUGUUGUUUUUUUUGACUGUUUUUUUUUUUUUUGUUUGUUUUUGGAUGUCCUUGCCUUGUAAUCUGAGAAAGUUUGCUCUCUGCUUUGCCCUCUUUUUACCUACUGACCUUUCCCCACUCACUGGACACGAGCACUAUGAGCCUUCCCGGCCUGCGAGAGCCUCGCCGUAUGAAUUUUAAUCACAAGCCACUACCUUAAAGGGGCACGACUUUGCCAGAAAUGCUAACACAAAUUAACAUCCCACUUCAUUAGCCCAAACCAUUACUGUUCCUGCGGUGUAUUUUAGCUCAUGUAGAUAAAUAAAUAUUCACUGCUAAUUAGGCCAGACUGCUGAUGUGCUGCAUGAAGCAUUCCCAGCUCCUUUGGAAGGGGAGGGUAGUCUUAGCAUAUGCAGCUCUAAUUAUGCUUACACUCUCAGUGCCAAACUGUGGAAACAGCUUGAGUGUGUGGCCCGAAACAGCCUCACAUGUUAUUGAGAUCUCAAGUGGAAUCAUUUCUCACUCUGCGCACUCACAUUAAACAGCUCACACGAAGGACGCAUUAGAUAGCUUCAUAUUUGAACAGUCAUCGCUGAGAUUUAUUGGUCAUUAGAGGCGAUACAGUCGGCACUCUAAAGUCGAUGGAGUAGUGCUUGAGCCGUUAGUCCAUGGUUGACCCUGUUGCUGCUAGUAGUGAUUGGACACGUCCUGAAUCACGGUGCUGGCUACACUCCCAUGGGCUUUGACAGAGGCCUGACAGACAGUCCAUGCAAAUAGUGUGUUGAGUUGUUUGCACCGAGCCUGCUUUGGCUGCGUCUCCAGUUCUAUACAUCUCUUUCACUUGUAUCAGUACCUGUUGUUUGUCAUAUGAUGCAUUACCCACUGCCUCACAUGGCUAUUCUUUUUCCCCUCCACAUGUUUGCAUUGCGUGUUAAUGAGUGUGUGUGUAUGUGUGUAUUAAUGUGUUGAUGUAUUUGCGUGCUUGCUUAACAUGGCAUUGAUGUCAUUCUUGUAUUGUUUUCUAUGUGUGUAUGAGACCAUAGGAGUAUGCACUCAGUUGAGUAGCCGCAAACAGUGUUUUUAUCUCACUUUGUUGUUUUUUUUUUUGUUUUUUUUUUUAAUCUGUUGCGUUUCCCUGCCUUCUUUUUUGUGUUUCCAUGUUCUCAUAAAUGAGCGUACUGUAAGUGUGGCUCAGUCUAUGCAUUCUCUCAUAACUGUUUUUGUAAAACAAAAUUCAAUAAAAUGGAAAGAGUGCAAGUAAACGUA